CGAGAAUGGGCGUAGAGUCGAGCGUUUAAUCUGUACACCUGGCCUUCUCUCCUCACCUCGCUCUCGCGGCCUGCCCUACAUUCAGUCUGCUCGCUGCCCAGAACAUCUUCCACCAUGGCCACCUCAGCAAGUUCCCACUUGAACAAAGGCAUCAAGCAGGUGUACAUGGCUCUGCCUCAGGGUGAGAAAGUCCAAGCCAUGUAUAUCUGGAUUGAUGGCACUGGAGAAGGACUACGUUGCAAGACCCGUACCCUGGACAGUGAGCCCAAGUGUGUAGAAGAGUUGCCGGAGUGGAAUUUUGAUGGCUCCAGUACUUUCCAGUCUGAAGGCUCCAACAGUGACAUGUAUCUCAUUCCUGCUGCCAUGUUUCGGGACCCUUUUCGCAAGGACCCCAACAAGCUGGUGUUCUGUGAAGUCUUUAAGUACAACCGAAAGCCUGCAGAGACCAAUCUAAGGCACACCUGUAAACGGAUAAUGGAUAUGGUGAGCAACCAUCACCCCUGGUUUGGAAUGGAGCAGGAAUACACCCUCAUGGGGACAGACGGGCACCCCUUUGGUUGGCCUUCCAACGGCUUCCCUGGGCCCCAAGGUCCAUACUACUGUGGUGUGGGAGCAGACAAAGCCUACGGCAGGGAUAUUGUGGAGGCUCACUACCGGGCCUGCUUGUAUGCUGGCAUCAAGAUUGGGGGGACGAAUGCCGAGGUCAUGCCUGCCCAGUGGGAGUUCCAGAUAGGACCCUGUGAAGGAAUUGACAUGGGAGAUCAUCUCUGGGUGGCCCGUUUCAUCCUGCAUCGUGUAUGUGAAGACUUUGGAGUGAUAGCAACCUUCGAUCCUAAGCCCAUCCCUGGGAACUGGAAUGGUGCAGGCUGCCAUACCAACUUUAGCACCAAGGCCAUGCGAGAAGAGAAUGGUUUGAAGUACAUUGAGGAGUCCAUUGAGAAACUAAGCAAGCGGCACCAGUACCACAUCCGCGCCUACGAUCCCAAAGGGGGCCUAGACAACGCCCGGCGCCUAACUGGAUUCCACGAAACCUCCAACAUCAACGACUUUUCUGCCGGCGUGGCUAACCGUGGCGCCAGCAUCCGCAUUCCCCGGACUGUCGGCCAGGAGAAGAAGGGUUACUUUGAAGACCGCCGCCCCUCUGCCAACUGUGACCCCUACUCGGUGACAGAAGCCCUUAUCCGCACGUGUCUCCUCAAUGAGAGCGGUGAUGAGCCCUUCCAGUAUAAAAACUAAGUGGACUAGACCUCCAGCCAUCACGCCCCUCCCAGUUCUUCAUCCCACUCCCACUUGUUCCUACUAGCUGUAACUCAAAGGGCAGAAUAUCAAGGUCUUUUUUAUUCCUUGUGCCCAGUUAGUAACUCUUGCUUUUCUGGGGGCCAGGGUAGAGGGGUCAAGUUCUCAAUCUCUUCAUACCCAACCCCCUUUUUUCCGUAUCACUGAAGCUCUUUCAAAGACUGAGGAAUAGUGCGUUAGUGGGGAGGGGGGUGGGGAGACAUAACCACUGCUUCCAUUUAAUCAGGCGUGUUUGUUUGUCCAGUAGGUAUAGCUAUCCAGACAGAGAGCAUAUGUGUUUGUGAAGGGAGGAGGGGAGGACUUUUUCUUUGAGGUGGCAGAAGGGGGAGGGCCUGACUUACUCUGUGGUUAGGUUAGGGUUUUCCUUCUUUUGCUGGGAAAUUACAUUUCUUAAAAAGAGUCGGAAUUAAGAAAGAAGGAGGGGAGGGACCAGGAAGGAAAAUGCCCCUGGUCCUUGCCUUGGGCUAAACGCCCUUGCCUGAAGACUAAACUCAGAGUAAACUGAUGGGUGUAUCCCUGCCUUAAGAAAAGAAAAAGUUCUUACUGUUUGGUUCUCCGUUUAUAACACAAAACAGAGUAGUAUUUUUAUAUUUAAAUGUAAAAACAAAAAAAUUAUAUAUAUGGGUGUGCAGAUAAACGUUGUGUUUUUCUAAAAGAGGGAAGGAGUCACCAGGAAGCAGAUUUGAUACCAGUAGUCUGGUUAGAAGUAAGGGUCUCCUUUUGAGAAGGGAUGGGGGCAGGCAAUGCUUGGCUGUUCGGGGCUUUUAAUUCCCUCACUACCCUUUGAGGGUUUCUCUGUGCCUGCCCUUCUGAAGGGAGUGGAAACUGGUCAGUUAGCAGGUGGAAGCAGGUUACUAGUGGCAGUCACCUGAGCCCUGUGGCUUUGGUUUAUAAAGCUUCUAAGACGCACAUGUACUGGUAUACACACACACAGGGGUUUAGAAAUACGAGUUGGCUGGUCAACUUGAGCAUGUUACCGACAAGGGGGUCUUGGGAUUAUUUUCCGGUGGGAGUAGCAUGUCACUAAAGCAGGCCUUUUGAUAUAUUAAAAAAUUUUUAAAAGCAAAACGGAAGUUUAGAUUUUAAUCAUUUGUAGUUUCUAAGUCUUUGUGUUUUACAGAAUGGCUCGUUUGCUUCACUGUUGUCAUCUCUGAUCUUCGAGGAGAUGGGGACAGGAUGGAAAUCAAACACUUGUAAUUUUGUAUUCUUGUGUCUUCUGAGUGUGAAAUACUCUUUUCUUUUGUUAAAAUUUCCCAAGUUAUUGUUUUCUUUUAUAAUAAAAAAACACACCCUAACUUAAU